CUGUGAGGAAUUAGAAACGUCUCUAACAAAUGCCAGCAUGACCAAGGGCCUUCAGGCCGUGUUAAGGGGUUUAGAGUUUAUCCUGUGAGUAAGGAGGAGCCCCUGAAGGAUUUCUCAGGUGGAGUGAUAAAAUCAGAUACGAUUUUUAGAAAGCUCAUUCUCUCUAUAGUAAGGAGCCCAGAUGGCACGUGGGCCUGGAGGCAUGGGGAACAACUGCCCAAAUCUAAGUGAUAAAUGAUAGUGCCCUGAACAAUGGUAGUGGCAGCUGGGACUGAGAGUAGUGGGUAAAUAGAGAGAAAUGGGUAAGUUUUAGCUAUAUUGAAAAAUGUAAAUUGCCAGGAUUUGGUGGUAUUUGGAUACAGGCAGGGAGGAAGAAAAAUGGGGGUCAGUAACAACACACAAGUUUCUGGCCAGGCCAGCUGUGUAGAUAGUGGUGAUAAUGAUUUUAGCCUUAAAUAUGCUUUUUACCAAUUCCCAACCCCUUUUCCAAUAGCCAUGCUUUUUGAAGUAUUGGGAAAAUAUGCUAAAGGUUUUUUGAACUGUGAAAUCUUAGAAUAGAUUCAUGUCAUAAUGUCCACAUGAAUACCACAAGAGCCAGGCCAACAAACACCUCCAGUCUAUCCACAAAAUAUACUUAUUGGAUUAACACUUAUAUAAUAAAGUAAAAAAAACCUCUUCUCCCAUUGUAAACAAACCUUUGGUUUCCCAUGGCACCAAGCACAGGCAUUUGCAAAUAUUUAGUUGAACUCUAUGAAACUGCCAUUUUUGUGGGUCGCGAGCAGUUAAAUAUUGGAUAUGUCAUAUGAUUCAACCUCAUACAAGAAGAUCAACAUUGGAACGUUGCGUAAUUUUCAGAGUUCAUCCAGGGCUUAUCAACCUCAUUCAGUUAACCCAACUUUCUGCUUACAGACAAAUGGGAUGGGAAAACCUGACCAGCGUCUCAGAAUUUUUCCUCCUGGGGCUCUCCGAACAGCCAGAGCAGCAGGAGGUCCUCUUUGGGUUGUUCCUGUCCAUGUACCUGGUCACCGUGAUGGGAAACUUCCUCAUCAUUCUGGCCAUCAUCACUGAUGCUCAACUCCACACCCCUAUGUACUUCUUCUUGGCCAACCUUUCCCUCGCUGACAGCUGCUUUGUGUCCACCACAGUCCCCAAGAUGCUGGCAAACAUAUGGACCCAGAAUCAGGUUAUCUCAUAUGCAGGGUGUCUAUCACAACUGUAUUUUUUCAUGCUGUUUGUGAUGCUGGAGGCAUGCCUCUUGGUUGUCAUGGCCUACGACCGCUAUGUGGCCAUAUGCCACCCACUCCAUUACAUCAUGGUCAUGAGACCUGAGCUCUGUGUCCUCCUGGUGUCUGCAUCCUGGAUCAUGAAUGCCCUCCACUCUCUCCUACACACACUCCUAAUGAACAACCUAUCCUUCUGUGCAAACCACGAGAUCCCACACUUCUUCUGUGACAUCAACCCCUUUCUGAGUCUGUCCUGCACAGACCCCUUCAUCAAUGAGCUGGUGAUCUUCACCAUUGGGGGUCUUGUGGGCCUGGUUUGUGUGCUUUGCCUGACUAUCUCUUAUGCAUACAUUUUCUCAACCAUCCUGAAGAUCCCUUCGGUUCAGGGAAAGCGAAAAGCCUUUUCCACCUGCAGCUCUCAUCUCUCUGUGGUCUCUCUAUUCUUUGGAACUUCCUUUUGUGUUUAUUUCAGUCCACCUUCAACCCGCUCAGCAGAGACAGACACAGUUGCAUCAGUGAUGUACACAGUAGUAACCCCCAUGCUAAAUCCCUUUAUCUAUAGUUUGCGGAACAGAGACAUCAAGUCUUCCCUGAGAAAGCUAAUUCGGGUUAGGAAAAUUCAUUUCCAUUAGUGGUAGUGACUUCACAACCAGUAUGGGGGUUUCCAACUAAUUGCAUCCACCACAUUAAGUAGUGAAGAAUGAGAAAGGGAGAAACCAUGGAGACCUCACUUCCAGGACCUGUGAUCUAAACUUGAAAAAUUCAUGCCUGAGCACCAGGACUACAUCAGAACAACCCCAUCAUCAAGUCAACAUAAUUAGAUUAAGUCCUUAUGAUAAUAAUGUUCUAAAAUCAUAGCCAUCCAAAUUUAUCACAUAAUAAAGGAUGUGCUUGAAUACUUUUGAAACAACACGGGGCAGCUCAUGACCAAAAUAAGGGGAUAUCUGGUUGUGCUGUUGUAUGUGGCCAAGAGUAAACUCCAGGGAAAGAUAACUUUCCCCACCAUCACAGUCACCUUGGUGACUUGGAUCCCCACCCAUAGUGUUUUUGACACUGGACUCCCCAUGUCUGUAAAGCCCCCAAGCUGAAAGAAUAGAAACUAGGACUGGAAAGGGUUUGGUGAGGGUGGAGUCUUAUGUAGAGCUCCUGCAAUAUUUGACCAGGCAUCCAAGAUCUACAUUCCUCCUGCAACCUUAAAUUUCACAUGAAAACUUCAUUUUUAUCUCUGGGACAAAUUUUUCCAAGUCAGUUUCAUCUUUGCAGUCCCAGUGGUUCCACUUGGCAUAGCACCUGGCACUGCUAAUAUGUGACAAAUCCCACUGGCACGGUUGCA